AUGGUGGCAUGCCAAGGCGAGACGGCGACGACGACGGUUUGCGUGACUGGCGCUGGUGGCUUCAUCGCGUCGUGGCUGGUGCAGCGCCUCCUCUCCAGCGGCAGCUACGUCGUGCACGGCGCCGUGCGCGACCCGAGCGACCCGAAGUACGCGCACCUGAUGGCGCUGGAUGGCGCCGUGGAGCGGCUGCGGCUGUUCAAGGCGGACAUGCUGGACCACGCCGGCGUCGCGGCUGCCGUGGCCGGCUGCGACGGCGUCUUCCACGUUGCCAGCCCCGUCCCGGCGUCGAAGCCCGCGGACCCGGAGCUGGAGGUCGUGGCCCCCGCGGUGGACGGCACGCGCAACGUGCUCAGGGCCUGCCACGAGGCUAACGUCCGCCGCGUCGUGGUGGUCUCGUCCGUCGCGGCCAUCGCCGUGAACCCCAACUGCCGCAACGGCGUCGUCCUGGACGAGGAGUGGUGGUCCGACGAGGACUUCUGCAGAACCAUUAAGGGCUGGUAUUUUCUGUCCAAGACGCUAGCCGAACGCGCCGCCUUCGCGUACGCCAAGGAGACCGGGCUUGACGUGGUGAGCGUCUGCCCGUCGUGGUGUCUCGGACCUCUGCUGCAGCCCACCGUGAACAACAGCAGCUUGACACUCAUUGACUACCUCAAAGGUGACCGCGACACCGUCGACGACAAGAUGAAGAACGUCGUGGACGUCCGCGACGUCGCCGAGGCUCUCGUCCUGGUGUAUGAGACCCCGGAGGCUUCCGGGCGCUACAUCUGCAGGUCAUAUCCAAUGAGCAUGACUGAGAUCCUUGACAUCAUCAAGAGCUUCUAUCCCAACCUCAGCUACCCUAACAACUUCGUUAAAGUGCAAGACGAAAGGAUGUUCACAUCGAAGAAGCUGCAAGCGCUGGGGUGGAGCUACAGGCCGGCAGAGGAAACCUUCAAGGACACAGUAAAAUCCUACAAGAAUGCAGCCAUCCUCAACUUUUAA